AACCUCCGCCCCCAAACCCAUUCAACCAUCGAUCCCUCUUAACUCUCCCAUAUCAUCCUCCUUAUUGAAGAAGAUCAGGCAUGGCUCCCAAAAACAGGGGUAACAGCAACCACCAAGGGAGUUCGGCGAAGGAGAAUCAUUUUAGGGGCGUGAGGAAGCGGCCGUGGGGGAGGUAUGCGGCGGAGAUUAGAGAUCCCGUUAGGAAGAGUCGUGUGUGGCUAGGGACCUUCGACACGGCGGAGGAGGCUGCCAAGGCAUACGAUGCUGCAGCCAGAGAAUUCAGGGGCUCCAAAGCCAAGACCAACUUCCCCCCUCCUCACCAACACCAUGACGAUGGUGCCAUUACUGCGGGUCAUCAGAGCCCCAGCAGUCAUAGCAGUAGUACUGUGGAGUCGUCAAGCCGUGAGGCUGUUCCCCUGCUCGAUCUUGACAGCAGCUGCUGCCGCCCGCAUCUCUCCACCACCUCAUGCUUUCCUUCUUUUCAGAGGCUUCCAUGUCCGAUCCCUGUUACCCAGCCCCUUUUCUUUAUCAGAUCCGACAAGAUGAUGAUGGGUAGUGGGUACGGAGGUGGGGUUGUUGAGUACUGCCAUGGCGACCCUGGAACAGCAGCGGCGCAGAGUGAUUCAGAUUCAUCUUCUGUGGUUAUGGACUUGCACCACCACCUGUCUCCUCCCUCCUCUUAUGGGAGGAUGAUUCUUGAUUUCGACCUCAACCACCCUCCGCCCACUGAAAUUCACUAACUCUCCAGCUCUUCCUUUUUUCUUUUUUCUUUUUCUUGAGCUUACGGGCCCGUGUCUUGUGGAGGUUGGUUUUGUAGAUAUUUUCCCCUUCCCUUAUUUAUUUUUAUUUUUAUGGCACUGGGAUGCCCGGAAGAACUAUUUGCGGUUGUGGUUUGUUAUUGUAAGGACAGUAACUCGGAUCGAGUCGAUUGGAAAUCAAAAUCGAUAAGAGAUUUCUCCGUGGUUUGUGAUUC